AUGGAGACCGUCACCAGGGAUAUGGCACGGCUUGUGCUGCGCCAGGAGGAUACCGCGCCGGUGGAAUGCAGCUCGGACAACGACUACGACGGGCGCAUGGCUCUGCGCAUAUCCACGAUUUUUGUCAUUUUCGUUGGAUCGACAUUAGGCGCAGUAUUCCCCAUAAUCGCGAGGCGGCAGAAAACAAAGCUAGUACCAGAAUGGGUGUUCUUCAUAGUAAAGUACUUUGGGUCAGGAAUCAUCAUAGCGACAGCGUUCAUCCAUCUCCUUGCGCCCGCCAACGAAGCGCUCAGCAACCCAUGUUUAACAGGCACCAUCGUCGCCUACCCCUGGGCCGAAGGCAUCCCCCUAAUCGUAAUCUUCAUGAUGCUCUUCCUCGAACUAAUGACGAUGCGCUUCGCGAAAUUCGGCGGCGCCGAACACUCCCAUUCCCACUCGCACUCGCACUCCAGCGAACCCCCCCACCCCACCAACCCCGACACCCUCAGCCUCGCAGACCGCAAACACAGCCCCCCCUCCAGCGAAGCCAGCACCAGCAACCCGCACGUCCGCGGCGACGACCACCUCGGCCACCAGCGCGACCACAUCGCCAACGAGGACCUCCCCCCAACCUGGGAAGCGCAAGGCCUCGUGCCAGAAACCUACGCCGCACAACUAACCGCCAUCUUCAUCCUCGAGUUCGGCGUCAUCUUCCACUCCAUCUUCAUCGGCCUGACACUCGCCGUCGCAGGCGACGAAUUCGUCACCCUCUACGUCGUCCUCGUCUUCCACCAGACCUUCGAGGGCCUGGGUCUCGGCACGCGUCUCGCGGAAGUCCCUUGGCCGAGGGCGAAGCGCUGGACGCCGUUUCUGCUCGCUGUGGGGUAUGGUGUGUCUACGCCUAUUGCGAUUGCGGUCGGGUUGGGCGCGCGGCAGAGCAUUGCGCCUGGGAGUCGCACGACGCUGAUUGUUAAUGGCGUGUUUGAUUCUAUCAGUGGGGGGAUUUUGAUCUACACGGGUUUGAUUGAGCUUAUGGCGCAUGAGUUUAUGUUUAGCCCGUAUAUGCAGAAUGGGCCGUUGAGUAGGACGUUGUGGGCUUUUGGGCUGAUGAUGUUGGGCGCUGGUAUCAUGGCUUUACUGGGGUAUUGGGCGUGA